UUUCAGUGUUAACAAGUUCAAUUGCACUGCUUAUUUUAGCUGUAUGUCUCUAUCUUCACUACAAAACCGUGGAUCACAACCGCCCCGCGAUCACAGCAGCUGAAACGCUUUCACGGAGGUUGGGUUCCUAUGAGAAAUUCUUCUUGACGAGCGCUAAAGUCAACAACACUGGUAAUAUUCACACGGUAUUGUUUCUGGAAUCUAAAGUGAAGCUUGACCACGUCCACGUAAAGAAUGCCUUGUUACUGCUUUUAGAUCAAUAUCCCUUGCUACGAAUGCGAGUUGUUGAGAGCAGAUUCAGCCAGCCAUAUUUUGAAGCGAUGGAAAACCCACAGGGCAGUUUAGACUUUCAACGACUGGAGGAUGUUAACUCGGGAGAAUGGCUACAUGCUUUUGAGAAGCAAAUUAAUGGCAUGCCUUUAGACACAGGACGAGGGCCUUUGUGGCGAGUGACGCUACUUAAAGAGACAGCGCAACUGACUUGUGACCACAAGGAAACACUCUACAAAAACACGCUUCUUUUUACGUUUCACCACAUGAUCAGUGAUGCGCUAUCUAUUUUUGAAUUUCUGAAGAAACUGGUCGAAUUUGUGGGCUUGCUGUACCAUGGUGAGCCAGUUGUAGUGAAAAGUUUGCCGUUUCGCCCAGUGCUCGAAGACACAAUGCAACAUUUAAUAGGCAGCGGUCCAAGUAUCUGGGAAAAGAUUUCGACUGCUGCAGCUUUCAAUUGGCGCAAACUUAAAGUAGCUUUGUGCAGUCCUAAGCUAAGAAAUCCGUAUUUAUCGAAGUUUCAUUCGCGGAUUUCUAGUCACUCCGUGCCUCAAAAGACGUAUGUUGUGCCUCGAAGCAUGACAAAGGAAGAAACAACAGCUCUAAUAAGAUGCAGCAAGGCUAACAAAUGUACUGUUCACGGCGCCAUUAUGGCCGCAACACAUUUAGCAAUAUCACAGCUGCUUUUUGAGGGAAGUAAUAAAGACUUCAAGAAUCCGUUGGUGAUAGAUAGUGCUUACACCGUUAACGUGAGAAAAGAAUGUCAACCAAAGAUCGAAAGCCAAGAAUUUGGAGUAUACGUCACUUUUGAUUCACUUCAGAUUAAAGUACAUUCUUCCAGCGUGUCGACACGGGAAAGUUUUUGGGAUUUCGCAUGCUCCUGUACUCGCGAAAUUCACAGCAGAAUCCGCCAUUUAGGAAGUCACCGCAAUGUUCUGAAACUUUUUCAGUGUGUUAAUCCAGAAACAGUUUGUGCUUUGUCCCGCUUUGAUGCCGACCAUGGAAUUUACAGAGAACUGUUCAAUUUGACAAAUCUUGGUUCCCUGUCAAUUGAUCCAGAAGGAAAAUUUCCUUACAGAUUUGCUGGUUCCCAUCUAGCCGUGCAGUGCGCAAAGAUUAAUUACGCCAUCGGCCACAACAUUUUUACCGUAAAUGAUCGAUUAUAUUGGACUGUGGAGUAUUCCCCUGAGGUCACGUCCAAGUUUCAAGCAGAGAAGUUCGUUGAUUUGUCUCUUCGUAUUCUGGUGGACGCUUGUACUCCAUAGAUUCUGUUCUGUUCUGAAGGCACGCGCUAAAAUAAAGAAUUAUACAAAAUGUAUCUAGAUUUCAACACUAAAGUGUACAUUACAAUGUAUACAUUUUGCACCUUUGUGAGAUAUACAUUUUGUACAUUCAAUGUAUACAUUUUGGACUAUGAAUUUGGAACUCCAUUGUAUACAUAAUGAAAGAAUGCAAAAUGCGAAUGUAGCCAUAACACUACUGGAAAAAUGACCUGAAAAAAUCUUCAGGCUCUGAAUGGGAUCAGAGCUUGAAGAUUUUUUCCGUUCAGAGCCUGAAGAUUUUUUCAGGUCAUUUUUCCAGUAGUGUUAUGGCUGCAUUCGCAUCUUUCAUUCUUUCAUUUAAUUGUUACUGUUGGACAUCUAUUACCAUGUAUACAUAAUGUAUAGAAAUUUUAAUUUGUACAUGAUGUAUACUUUUUGUGUACAAAACAUUAACGUUGUGAUGCAUACUUUUUGUAUACAUAGUGUUCGAUGUGUCUACAUUUUGUAUACAUUCAGUUCAAAAAAUUAAUGAAAAUGGUCCAUAUUGUAUACUUUUUGUAUACAAAACUAAACAGCUUGUAGUUGUGUUUGGCUUAAGGUGGCUGCGAUAAUGGUUGUCAGCAUUUUCCAGCCCUUAUACUUUGAUGGGUCAGUACUAUAACUCUUUAUCAGUUGCUAUUGCAGAAAUGGUAUGAAACAAAUUGGUCAACAACUUCUGAUCAUUUUCUUGACAUUAGUGGUUACCAUAGCAAUAGUAUAACCUGUUAAAAACACCCUUAAUUAUAGCUUUCAGUGCUAAUAACUCAAAAAUGAGUUCCUUGACCCCCAUUUUUUAUGAUUGAGUUAUGAUCAGCNNUGU